UCUCAGUCCCUCUCCCUAUCCUUGGAUACCUCGAUCACGCUGACCCCCUCUCCUGAGUGAGUGAGAGACAGAGAGAGAAAGAAAGAGAGAGACACUGGCUGUGGAAGGAAGUGCGGUCUACUAAUAUGGCUGGGACGGGCGUAGGACGGGACCCAGAGAAGGCUCAGGUUUCACUAGCUGUUUCCCCUCAGAGUGCAGAGACAGGGACCAUGGCUGUGGAAGAGGCAGCAGAUUUCCUGACGCCUUCAGACAGCAAUGCCAGCUACCUGCGAGCGGCCAGGGCCGGGAAUCUGGAGAAGGCCCUGGACUACCUCAAGACUGGGGUGGACAUCAACAUCUGCAACCAGAAUGGUCUGAAUGCUCUUCAUCUUGCCUCCAAGGAAGGCCAUGUGGAAGUAGUUUCUGAACUCUUGAAGCUGGGAGCCAAUGUGGACGCAGCGACCAAGAAAGGAAACACUGCUCUGCACAUAGCCUCCCUGGCUGGGCAAACGGAAGUGGUGAAAGAGCUGGUGACCAAUGGAGCAAAUGUCAACGCACAAUCCCAGAAUGGCUUCACUCCUUUGUACAUGGCGGCCCAGGAGAAUCACCUGGAGGUGGUUCGCUUCCUGCUGGAACACAGCGCCAGUCAGAGCAUGGCCACGGAGGAUGGCUUUACCCCACUGGCAGUGGCUCUCCAGCAGGGUCAUGACCAGGUGGUGUCCCUGCUCCUGGAGAACGACACCAAGGGCAAAGUCCGCCUCCCGGCGCUCCACAUCGCCGCCCGCAAGGACGACACCAAGGCAGCGGCCCUGCUGCUGCAGAACGACCACAACGCAGACGUGGAGUCCAAGAGUGGUUUCACGCCCCUGCACAUCGCAGCUCACUACGGCAACAUCAACGUGGCUACGCUUCUGCUGAACCGAGGAGCAGCGGUAGACUUCAUGGCCAGGAACGACAUCACGCCUCUCCACGUGGCCUCUAAACGAGGGAACAGCAACAUGGUCAAACUGCUGCUGGACAGAGGGUCCAAAAUAGACGCCAAGACCAAGGACGGCUUGACUCCCCUGCACUGUGGAGCGAGGAGCGGUCACGAGCAGGUGGUGGAGAUCCUACUGGACCGCGGAGCUCCUUUCCUGUCCAAGACCAAGAACGGCCUGUCUCCGCUCCACAUGGCCACCCAGGGGGACCACCUCAACUGUGUGCAGCUGCUACUCCAGCACGACGUCCCCGUGGACGACGUCACCAACGACUACCUGACCGCCCUGCACGUCGCUGCCCACUGCGGACACUACAAGGUGGCCAAGCUCAUCGUGGACAAGAAGGCCAACCCCAAUGCCAAAGCACUGAACGGCUUCACCCCGCUUCACAUCGCUUGCAAGAAGAACCGCGUCAAAGUCAUGGAACUGCUGCUAAAACACGGAGCUUCCAUCCAGGCCGUCACUGAGUCUGGCCUGACCCCCAUCCAUGUAGCAGCCUUCAUGGGCCACGAGAACAUUGUUAACUCUCUCACGCAUCACGGGGCAUCGCCCAACACCACCAACGUGCGGGGGGAGACGGCGCUGCACAUGGCGGCGCGGGCGGGCCAGGCAGACGUGGUCCGGUACCUGCUGCAGAACGGAGCCAAGGUGGAGACCAAGGCCAAGGACGACCAGACGGCCCUGCACAUCUCCAGUCGUCUGGGGAAGGCCGACAUCGUCCAGCAGCUGCUCCAGAGGGGGGCGUCAGCCAACGCUGCCACCACCUCGGGCUACACGCCCCUCCACCUGGCGGCCCGCGAGGGCCACGAGGACGUGGCAGCCAUGCUGCUGGAGCACGGAGCCUCUCUCUCCGCCGCCACCAAGAAAGGGUUCAGUCCACUGCACGUGGCAGCCAAGUACGGGAAGAUCGAAGUGGCCAGCCUGCUCCUCCAGAAGAGAGCCUCUCCAGACGCUGCAGGAAAGAGUGGGCUAACUCCACUGCAUGUGGCCUCUCACUACGAUAAUCAGAGAGUGGCUCUGCUGCUGCUGGAUCAGGGAGCAUCUCCCCACGCUGCCGCCAAGAACGGCUACACGCCCCUCCACAUCGCCGCCAAGAAGAACCAGAUGGACAUUGGGACCACGCUGCUGGAGUACGGCGCGGACACCAACGCCGUGACGCGGCAGGGGGUCAGCCCCGUUCACCUAGCCGCGCAGGAGGGCAGCGUGGACCUGGUGUCCCUGCUGCUCGCCAAGAACGCCAGCGUCAACAUCGGCAACAAGAGUGGCCUCACCCCCCUCCACCUGGCAGCGCAAGAGGACAAAGUGAACGUGGCAGAAGUCCUGCUCAACCACGGAGCGGAGAUCGACCCCCAGACCAAGAUGGGUUACACUCCGCUGCAUGUGGCUUGUCACUAUGGCAACCUCAAGAUGGCGAACUUCCUCCUGCAGAACCAGGCCAGAGUCAGCUGCAAAACCAGGAACGGGUACACCCCCCUCCACCAGGCGGCGCAGCAGGGCCACACCCACAUCAUCGCCAUGCUGCUGCAGCGCGGAGCCUCGGCCAACGAGCUGACCGUGAAUGGAAACACCGCCCUGUCAAUCGCCCGUCGCCUAGGUUACAUCUCAGUGGUGGACACUCUGAGGCCAGUGACUGAUGAUAAUCUGAUCACCAUGACUGUGACCGAGAAACAUAAAAUGAACGUUCCGGAGACGAUGAACGAGUUCCUCGACUUGUCGGAUGACGAAGUUAGGGCAAACAUGCCUGAAAUGCUCAAUGAAGACAAUGAAUGUAUGUCAGAUGAUGAAGAAGGUGAGGAUGCGAUGACCGGUGACACUGACAAAUACCUGCGGCCUCAGGAUCUUAAGGAGCUGGGAGACGACUCUCUCCCGCAGGAGGGCUACAUGGGAUUCAGCAUAGGAGCACGCUCCGCAAGCCUCCGCUCCUUCAGUUCGGAUAGGUCCAACACGCUGAACCGAAGCUCCUACGCCAGGGACAGCAUGAUGAUCGAGGAGAUCCUUGCUCCCACCAAGGACACGCACCUUGCAGUGACACGGGACCACAACUCGGAGUGUCUGCGUCGUUACAGCUGGACACCCGACACUAUGGACCACAGCAACGCCGUGUCCAGCCCCGUCCACUCAGGCUUGUCCUCCCCGCUCCCUCAAUAUGACUCCAGGUUCCUGGUGAGCUUCAUGGUGGACGCCCGUGGGGGGUCCAUGAGGGGGAGCCGACACAACGGCAUGCGCAUCAUCAUCCCUCCCAGGAAGUGCACCGCGCCCACGCGAAUCACCUGCCGCCUGGCCAAGAGGCACAAGCUGGCUUACCCUCCGCCCAUGGUGGAGGGAGAGGGCCUGGUCAGCCGGCUGGUGGAGGUGGGCCCAGCCGGGGCUCAGUUCCUGGGCCCUGUGAUCGUGGAGAUUCCCCACUUUGGCUCCAUGAGGGACCGGGAGAGGGAGCUGAUUGUGCUGCGGAGCGACAACGGGGACACGUGGAAGGAACAUCAGUCUGACUAUCGCCAGCAGGACCUUCUGGACAUGCUCAGUGGGAUGGACGAGGAGUUGGACAGUCCCAUCGAGCUGGAGAAGAAGAGGAUCUGCCGCAUUACCACCAGGGAUUUCCCACAGUACUUUGCGGUGGUGUCCAGGAUCAAGCAGGAGAGCAACCACAUGGGUCCCGAGGGGGGAAUGCUGUCCAGCAUGACCGUGCCCAUGGUGCAGGCCUCCUUCCCACAGGGGGCGCUCACCAAAAAGAUCCGCGUCGGCCUGCAGGCCCAGCCCGUCCCAGAUGAGAUGGUGCGGUCUGUCCUCGGCAACAGAGCAACCUUCAGCCCUAUCGUUACCGUGGAGCCCAGGAGGAGAAAGUUCCACAAGCCCAUCACCAUGACGAUCCCAGUCCCACCCCGCUCUGCAGAGGGUCACCCUGUCAGUCACCGUGGAGACUCCACCCCCUGCCUGCGGCUCCUCUGCAGCAUCACAGGAGGGACUUCUCCUGCUCAAUGGGAGGACAUCACAGGGACCACGCCGCUGUCCUUCGUCACCGACUGUGUCUCCUUCACCACCAACGUAUCGGCCAGGUUCUGGCUCGCAGACUGCCACCAGAUUCCUGAGACGGUCAGCCUGGCCUCUCAGCUAUACCGGGAGCUGAUCUGCGUGCCGUAUCUGGCCAAGUUCGUGGUGUUUGCCAAGAUGAACGAUCCUGUGGAGUCGCGUCUGCGCUGCUUCUGCAUGACGGACGACAAGGUAGACAAGACCCUGGAGCAGCAGGAGAACUUUGAGGAGGUGGCCAGGAGCAAGGAUAUUGAGGUCUUGGAGGGCAAGCCUAUCUUUGUGGAUUGCUAUGGCAAUCUGACUCCCCUAACCAAGAGUGGACAGCAGUUGAUUUUCAACUUCUACUCCUUCAAGGAAAACCGUCUUCCAUUUAACGUGAAGGUCAGAGACAUGGGCCAAGAACCCUGUGGGCGUCUUUCUUUCCUGAAUGAGCCGAAAUCCACUAAAGGUCUUGCACAGACCGCCAUAUGCAAUCUGAAUAUCACACUGCCAACUCAUAAGAAGGACAUGGAGUCUGAUCCUGACGAUGAGACUGAAAAGCCAGACCGACGUCAUACCUUUGCCUCCUUAGCUUUGCGUAAGCGCUACAGCUAUCUGACCGACCCUGCGGCGAAAACAACCGAUCGGAGUUCGCCGAGAACACAGCCUACUGGCUACGCUUACAAACCUGUCUUUUCAACGCGAUCUUAUCAGGCGUGGUCGGCUGUUCCUGUCGCCGUCCCUGGGCAAGCCAGGUCUGGGUUCGGUUCCCCCACCAGCUCUUCAUCCAACACGCCCUCUGCCUCUCCACUGAAGUCCGUCUGGUCCAUCACCUCAGCCUCGCCCAUCAAAUCCAACUUGGGAGGAUCCCCGGCCAAGUCAGUUAGCGACAUAGCCUCCCCCAUCCGGUCCUACAGAACCAUCUCAUCCCCCAUCAAGACUGUAGUUCAGCAGGCCCAGUACCCAGUUCAGGUCACCCCCACCCUCCUGUAUUCACCUGGCAAAAGUGCCCCAGAUCCCAUGUCGGUAAAGGGCCUGGCAGCGCUGUCGGCUAGGACCUCUCCUAUCACCACCGGAGGGGGAGCGGCUCUACUGGAGAGAUCGUCCAUCGCCAUGACCCCACCUGCCUCCCCCAAGUCCUCCCUGAACAUGUACAACUCGACUCUGCCAUACAAAGCUGUCAUUGUGGGCUCUGGUGCAGCCUCCAACUCUUCCUCUUCCCCCAUAAAAACGGUCCCCGGCCUCUCCUCUGUACGCUCCGGAGCAGACCCUUCAAGCCCAUCGAGGGGUCUGUUUUCGUCCCUCUCCUCGCCCAUUAAGUCCAACCCGCCCCCCAGCGCCGCAGCUUUGAUAAACGGAACGGUUUCCCCCACAAAGUACCGCUCCUCCUCCCCAACAUCCCUGCUCCCCAGCAGCCUCCAGGAGCGGAUACAAGCCACCACCAACGCGGCCACAACCAGCGUAAACGCCGCUUUCGAGGAGGUCGAGAAAACGUUCAACUCCUGCUCCGUGGGGUACGGGACCCUCAAAUCCUUGUCCUCCUCCGCAUCCUCGUCCUACCAGUCCAUGAGAUCUUCGGCCUCCAGUUCCCUCUAUGCCUCUCUGAGGUCGCCCCCCAACUCCACCACCACUGUCACAUCCAACACCAUGACUGUGCCGGUCUACUCAGUUAUGAAUGUGCUGCCAGAGCCCCAGUUUAAAAAGCUCCCUGAGGUCUCUAAGUCAGCAGCUGCCCUCUUAUCCCCCCGGAAGACAACCCUCCCUGAGGCUAACGUUCAAGCGCAGUCGUCCUUUGCCAGAACUCUCUCACCCGUCAAAUCCCCCUUGUUUAUGUCCCCAGCUGCCCUCAAAUCCACCACAUCAUCCCCACUGUCGUCCAGCCAAGAAAUACUUAAGGACGUGGCAGAGAUGAAAGAGGACUUGAUACGUAUGUCGGCCAUCUUGCAAACAGAAACAAAUUCUGCCUCAAAAGGCUUCCAGUCAGACUCUCCCAAAGAGGCAAAAAUAGAGGAUGAGGAGCCAUUUAGGAUCGUAGAGAAGGUGAAACAGGAUUUAGUGAAAGUGAGUGAGAUACUGACUAAGGAUACAGUCAAGGAUGGCAAGGCAGCCCUCACCAAGUCUGCCCUGGAGGAGGCACAGUUCUCAAGAUUGCCAGCAGAUCCGCCCGCUAGCAACUGGAGUUAUCCUCCGAGAUACGAAACCGUAGUACCGCAAAUCAAAGCAAAGACUCUACCAGACAGAGAAUUUAGUCUAGGAAAAGAUUUAAAGCAUAGAAGUGAGGAGGGUAGGAGAGACGGAGAAGAAAAACAGAAACGAGUGUUGAAACCUGCCGUUGCCGUGCAGGAACACAAGCUCAAAAUGCCACCUAUCAACAUGCGCUCUUCUGCUUCUGAAAAAGAGCUCUGUAAACUGGCAGACGUGCUGUUCGGCCCCGAUGUCGUCCUUGACUCCCCAGACGACAUCUUGCACGAUCAGGACAAAAGCCCUCUCUCUGACAGCGGGUUCGAGACCAGGAGUGAGCGAACCCCCUCUGCCCCUCAAAGUGCAGAAGGCAUGGGCCCAAAAGCACUCUUCCAAGACAUUCCACCAGUGAUCACUGAGACUAGGACUGAGGUAGUCCAUGUCAUUAGGAGCUAUGAGUCCCCAGAGGACAACAAACAGCCAGGGAUAGAAGAUUCUAGGGCAGUUAGGUACAUAGAUUCAGAGCCUAAAGUGCAUCUGAACCUGAACUCAUCCACACCCGAUCAAAACAAAUGCUUUCAAAUGAAAGUCAGUCCCGAGGAAGACAACAUGGGCAAAGGCAUGCGAGUGAAAGAGGAAACUCACAUCACCACCACGACACGCAUGGUCUACCACAAACCCCCUAGCAAAGAGGCGACGUCAGAGAGGUGUGAGGAAACUAUGUCUGUUCAUGACAUCAUGAAAGCGUUCCAGUCAGGUAGGGAUCCCUCCCGAGAACUCGCCGGACUGUUUGAACACAAAGGAGGAAACGAGGAAUCCUCCCAAAGGGUCCUCGAGGACAUGAACUCAAAACCCAAAGUUGAAAGGAUAAUCGAAGUGCACAUCGAAAAGGGAAAUAAAACAGAACCGACCGAAGUCAUCAUCCGGGAGACGAGUAAUCACCCGGAGAAAGAGAUGUACAUCUACCAAGGAAACGCCGGCGGGAUGAGGGAGCUGACUCACAGAGGGGACUUGGACUGUGGCCCCCGGCAUGAACAUGAGGAGCCAGAAGAGUCACUGCCCUGUUACCUCGAGUCCUCCAGAGUACACACACCCAUGACACAGGAGGAGGACAGCCGGCCCAGCUCUGCACAACUCAUGGCUGACGACUCCUACAAAACUCUCCGGCUCCUGAGCCAGCAGUCUGUAGAGUACAACGACGACGAAUCGUCAGAGCUACGUGGAGAAUCGUACAACUAUGCGGAGAAGAUGCUGCUCUCUGAGCAGCUCGAGUCCUCUCACUCUGACACAGAGGAGUACCUGAGAGACAGGUCUCGUUUCCACUCCCCUGAUAGGAGCAGUCACAGUGACUGUAGGUCUGGAGGGCCCAGGACAGAGUACGUGUUGAGGUCAUCAAAGAAUAUGUCAGACAAAUCUGGCAGAAUGUCCAAUUCAGAUGAUAACUAUGACAAGCUAACGCUGUUACAAUAUUCUUCCGAGCCAGGUAGUCCAAAACAAUCGGUUUGGAUGCGAGUUACAGAUGACAGACAGGUUAAGAACAGAGAGAAGAUAAUUUACGAAGACAGGGUAGACAGGACAGUCAAAGAGGCGGAGGAGAAGUUGAGUGAAGUGUCUCAGUUUUUCCGUGAUAAGACCGAGAAACUUAACGACGAGCUGUCCUCUCCCGAGAAGAAAUCUCGCAGGCCGGACUUCCGGGAAACACGUUCUGGGCCUAGCUCUACUCAUAGCAGUCCUGAAAGAUCAACUUAUAGGAACAGUGGCGAGGACUGGAGCCGAGACAGGUUUAGAGACAGGUUUGGCACAAACGAUAGGAAAUGUGCCAGCUUACCCAGCAGCCCAGAGAGGAGAGUCCUACUGCAGUACGAUGAUGGCGACAAAAGCAAACAGGGAGAUAACACCUCACAGGGAAGUACAGGUGAGGCCCCUAAACCUUUUCAAAUGUCAUCCUCUAAAGUCAGUGCUGUGAGGCUCAAAUUUGAGCAAGAGGCUCAGAAACAAGACAAUAAUCCCAAAUGGGGGCAAAAUUCAAACCCCCCUGUGAGAAAACUGCAGGAAAGUAAACUACCGGCGUACCAGGUUUUUGCUGGCUCAAACCUUCCCCAAAUGCCAGACAGCCCAGGAAUCCAGAGGAGAGGUUUAGACAGUGACUCCAGAGGACAGACUCCCAGUGGUAAUAGGUACACGUCAUCCUCCCCUAAGCAUACUACGAAUGGAAAGGAACAGGAAGAGAUCAAUAUAUUAAAGACUUGUGAGAGUCAGGGAAAUGGGAACUACAAAUCCCAACCGACAAAGCUGUCUCACAUCCUAGUUCCUGAUACAGUAAAGGAAGGAAAUGGAGCUGAAUCACUGAGGGAGCAGUGUUUCAAAGAAGGGAUGUCCAGUAAAGAGGAGACCACCCAGAAAAUUAUAUACACUGAGCUGGUGGUCAGAGAAAGCCCAAGUAGUUCUGAUGGACGCAUUGUUAGUCUAAAAAAAAACUCGGAAUCACAAAUUCCUGUUAGAAUUCCCUCUGGUUUCUUAGAGAAUCAUCAGUCCACCUCAUUAAAGCUAGAUCCCUCUGUUAAACUGGGUGAUAGGGCAGGGUCACAUAUACCUACUUUAGCUAGAAAUAGGUUACACAGUGGCUCCGAAGCCAUCAAAUCUACUAAUGUGUCAUCCAUAGGAAAAUCCACAGAUUCAUUAAGUAGUGUAGUGUGUAAUGGUGUUGAUAGCGACCAAGUAGAGUACUUGGACCAAGUAACUCCAGUUGUUUUGACCGAGGGUUUCAAAGACAUUAAGCCACUGCCAGUUUAUGUUAGCAUCCAAGUAGGCAAGCAGUAUGAAAAAGAAACCACUACUGGGGAGCGUGGAACCUACAAGAAGAUAGUGAGUCACGAGAGCAGGACAGUACACGAGACUCGAGGGGGGUUCUACUCUGUCAAACAACAGCCAGCGUCUCCUCAGGGUAGUCCAGAGGACGACACACUAGAGCAGGUUACGUUCAUGGACAGCUCUGGCAAAAGCCCCGUCACUCCAGAGACUCCCAGCUCAGAGGAGGUGAGCAUGGCCUCUAGGAUGCCCGACUCCGUCAUAGGGUUCAUGCCCGGUAUGCCAAGCCCGAUCCCCGAAGAGUCAGAGGAAGAGGACGGAAAGACCUUCAUAUACAAGGAGUCUCCCCAGGAAAAAGCCAAGCCGGUCUCAUCAGAACCCCCGAAUAAAAAACAGGAGUCGGGGAAACGAACCAAAGAGAAAAGGGUGGCGUACAUCGAGUUCCCUCCACCUCCACCCCUCGAAGCGGAACAUUCCGACCCUGAGAAGAGGGGGUCGUGCGCUUCCUCAGAGGCCGAGACGGAGAUGAUGGAGGUGAACCUUCAAGAGGAGCAUGACAGACACCUCCUGGCUGAGCCCAUCAUCCGGGUUCAGCCUCCCUCCCCCGUGCCCCCUGGAGCUGACGACAGUGACUCCAGCGAUGACGAGUCCGUCUUUCAUCCCAUCCCGCCGAAAAAGUACACCUUUAAGAUGAAGGAAGAAGGAGAGAAGCGUCUGAAGGCCAAAAAGUCUGAAAAGAACGGGACUCAAAAGGAGUCCGCCGUCAAUGGCGUCGUGAAGGGAGAAGAUGUGGACUUUGAGCAAAACGGCAACGACCAGUCAAUCACUGACUGCUCCAUAGCAACCACCGCCGAGUUUUCCCAUGACACGGACGCCACCGAGAUAGACUCCCUCGAUGGGUACGACCUUCAGGAUGAGGAUGACGGGAUGAGUGAACAAGACCCCAAAAGCUCCAGCCUAUCCAUGGACGGUAAAAACACAGACCGCUCCUUCAACCAGUCAAAGCUGGAGGUCAUAGAGGAGGAGAAAACGCCGUGCGAAGAAGGCGGGGGAGAAAACGCAAAGUCGAAAAGCUCAGAAAACAACGAGAACGAGGAAAGGGAUUACACUUUGGAGGGAAGACAUCCUGACAGACUCACUCAAACGGAGAACUACUUUGGGUACCAACUAGAAGAGGAGCUCAACUCCACCUUCAAAACCGUGGCCACCAAAGGCUUAGACUUUGACCCUUGGUCCACCAAAGGAUCAGAGGAUGGAGUUUACGAAACCAAAGCAAAAGAUGAGGAUCCUAAACCUUUCGGCCUAUCGGUGGAGGACAAGUCUCAGGCCACCACACCAGACACGACCCCCGCUCGAACCCCUACUGACGAGAGCACUCCUACGAGCGAGCCUAACCCCUUUCCCUUCCACGAGGGGAAGAUGUUUGAGAUGACCCGCAGUGGUGCAAUUGACAUGAGCAAGCGGGACUUUGUUGAAGAGAGGCUUCAGUUUUUUCAGAUUGGUGAGCAUUCCUCUGAUGGGAAAUCAGGGGACAAGGGAAAAGGGGGCCAGAGCCCGGGGGUAGUAGCUACCUCUCAGUCAAAAACAGGGGAGAGGGCGGGCGAGGUGACGGUAGACACCACAGACAGCACACCAGCAAAGUGCAGCCCUGCACAGACUGACAGUGGUACCGGCUGUCCUGAUGUCCUCUCUGGUGACCCAAUAGCCGAGACCACCUCUUCAUGCACGAUCACGGCCUCUAAAGUUGACCCCAAAUUACGCACCCCCAUUAAGAUGGGCAUAGCAGUCUCCAUAACUGUGAAAAAAGACACUGGGGAGCUCCCAGAUGGUAAAGCGGAGCUGACGGAGAGUCUCAUGCCAGAGUACGAUAGUAUAAAUAGUCAGCUGGGGGAGAAUAAGACCAGCAGACACGCAGACCCAAAGAUGUCGGACACAAGAGAUUACCCUGCAGAGAACUGCAAUAACAACAAUAACCUAGAGUCUUCUAGCGUCCAGGCUAACUAUAUCCAGUGUGGUAGUGUUGUGUUUAACUUGCAGUCGUCCUCCGAGCCCACCCUUCAGAAAGCCAGCAGGAUCGAAACCUUGUUCUGCAGGGACUCGGCAGAUAGAGACAGUGGUAGUGGUCAGAGUGAGCAGAGAAAGACCGAAGCUGGUCAGGAGGCAGACGUGAGGCAGCCCAAGUCUAGACUACCAGUCAAAGCGUCAGGAUGGUCGUUUCACACGCAGGGCACAGCCAUAGGGAAGCAAAAGCCUAGACAAAUGGUGAGGGCAGAGGUCAGGAAGAGACCAGAACCUGCUGUAGCCAAGGUGGAGCCGAGGUCUAGAAUACCAAUCAAAGAUGUUAAACGAAGCGGUGCCAGCAGCUCUCCUAUAUCAGUCCAGGUCACGCCUCAGUCUGCGAGGGGAGGGUCAGGCAGAGUAGCCAUUCAGCUGCCCUCCAGGCUGCCACUGAAAGACAGACCACAAGUCAGCGUCACAGGUGAGAUGUCAGGGGGCAGGGAUAACCCUAGUGAGAUAUGUAAGCGCACCAUCGAGUACUUUAAAGGGAUUAGCGGGGAAACGCUAAAGCUGGCCGACCGUCUGUCAGACGAGGAGAAAAAAACAGAACAGUCGGAGGAAGACAGCACCUCCCGGAGCACCUCUCUGUCGGACGCCUCUUCCCAGCCCUCCCGCUCAUCCAGGUCUGGUAGAGGCUCGAGGGCUGAGGCUGGGGCCGGGGCCUUAAGGGCAAAGGUGGACAGGGCCUCCGGCAGUGAGAGGAGCAGGAGGAGUAGGCGGACUGGUGGGAAGGAGGGCAGUCAGGGUGCGGCGCCUCGGGCGCCCCCCGUCGCGGAGAUCAAGCCUAGUCCUCAGAGUCCGUGCGAACGGACAGACCUACGGAUGGCCAUCGUGGCCGACCACCUGGGACUCAGCUGGACUGAGCUGGCUCGGGAGAUGAAUUUCUCUGUCGAUGAGAUCAACCACAUCCGUGUGGAGAAUCCCAACUCUCUCACCGCUCAGAGCUUCAUGCUUCUAAAGAAAUGGGUCAGCCGAGACGGAAAGAACGCCACGACGGAUGCCUUAACUGCAGUGCUGACCAAAGUCAAUCGGAUGGAUAUUGUGACUUUACUGGAGGGGCCUAUAUUUGACUAUGGUAACAUUUCAGGCACGAGAAGUUUUGCCGAUGAUAGCGCUGUUUACCGGGAUCAGGCUGAUGAUUACCACAGUAUACUAGCUGAGCUGCAGUCUCCCGCCACCCUGGGUUCAGACUCCACCUUCAUGGAACUCCACCCUGACCUUCCUACCCCCACCCCCAGCCCCACCAUCCACCACACCCCUGACCAGUUCCUUCCAGACUCAGCCCCCCUAGAUUUCACCAAGCACCAGCCCUGGGACGAUGAAAUGGGCCUUAGUGCGGACCUAGAGAGCCCCCCUAGGAGCCCCCCGAGACCUUGUGAGCUGGCCCUCUCCAUCCCUACCUUUGACCUAGACCCCACAGCCCUCUCCUUCCCCACCUUUGACCUCACAGCCCUCUCUGAUGCAGCCAUGGAUGUGGCGGGGCAGGUGCCUUUAGAGGAACAUGCAGAGAAGAUCACCGAAGUGGAAGUGGAGCUAAAUCAUUGUCAGAAGUCCUUUCCCUCCACCGAGGAGAUUGAAGCGGAAGAAGAGAUCGCACUUCCGUCGUUGCCAUCGCUAUCUCCACCGUCCUGUGAACGAGGACAAGGACAAGGGCAGGAGCCCAGGACAACGGAGAGGGGGAACGGGGGAGAGAAGGGAGAAGUGGAUAGAGAGGUGGGAGUGAGCGGCGGGGGCGAGAGAGAGAAGGAUAGGGAGGAGAACGGUGUGAGGGAGAUGGAGGUGAUGGAGGACGUGACAGAGAAAGAUGCAGGGGAUGCUGUUGAGGGGGGGAUUCUGGAAGGGGAGGAAGGGUGUACUGUGGCCCCAGAGGUCCAUAAGAUUGAAGAAGUGUUAGAAAUGGUGUCAGAAAAGGGGGAUAAGAUGGAGGACAGUGGUGAAGCGAAGCAAGACGAGCAAAUGGGAACCAGCGAAGGACAAAAAGAGCUGGAAGAGUGUGCCGAAGAAAUAGAAAAGAGGAAUAGUGGGUUGCGGGAAGCUGAAGGAUUGCAGGGAAGGGACAGGAUGGCAGAGGAUGGGGGUGAGGCCAAGCUGUCUCUGCAGUCCUGGGCUGAGGCUGAGGACGGAGGUGAGGCGAAACUGUCUCUGCAGUACUGGGCUGAGGCCGGGGGUGAGGCCAAGCUGUCUCUGCAGUCCUGGGCUGAGGCCGGAGGUGAGGCCAAGCUGUCUCUGCAGUCCUGGGCUGAGGCCGUGGAGGAAGACAGAGAGUCUGGUUCCAGCGAGGAAGAAGAAGAAGACAGAAAUGAAAUGACAGAGGACAACAUCAAGUCUCUGUUGGAAGACGUGAAGCUGGAGGGGGCGGAGGAAGAGGAGGAGGGCGAGGAGAUGACGGAGGCCAGGGUUCAGGAGAUUCUAAGGCCGGUGCAGCAGGCAGAAAAACAGUUAUGUUCCAAUGUUCCAGGUUGGAACAGCGAGUCGUCCAGCGUGAACGUGGAGCCGCCCACCCCUGGCCGCAGCGUGAGCUCUGAUCUACUGGACCGCCAGGAAAACAGCCAGGAGAACUCCAGUGACUCUGUCACUUCCUCAUCCAGGGCGGAGUCAGGGAAGACACGGCACAACGGCAACCACUCAGAGCCAUCGUCUCAGGACACAUCACUUCCUGCUCCACAGGACUCAGCCAAUGGCAGGGCUGGACUAGGGAAAGAGGAGGGCACAUUAGUGUCUGAGAAAAAAGUCCAGGGAGAACAGGCAAUGCAUGUUCCUGGUGAGUCGAUGACAGAAGAACAGUACACAGACGACGACGGCAACCUCAUCACUAGAAAAGUUAUCCGGAAGGUCAUCCGGCGAGCGGCCACACCCACACCUGAAGACCAGGGGGGGGAAUGGGGGAGCAGGGGCCACAGAGACCCCUGGCCCACCCCUUCCUUCCAGGAGGAGGAACCUGAGCCCGGGGAAGGAGCUAGGAGCAGCAGGAGGAAGGAGGACAGGAGAUCCGGGGAGAAGACUCUUCACUCGUAGAACUGCGUUCUCCUACAGUUAGGGAUCCCAUCAGUUUCCAAGGCUUGAAGUUACUGAGACCGGAAAACUGUAGGAUGAGAAUUUCAGCCGAUGGUGCGGUCUGCAACUUCUACUUCUACACAAGCAUGGUUUUCAAGAGAGAGGACUUGGACCGUCUGAUUUUAGCAUGAGCAUGAUAAACUCACUCCCUGUCUGAAGGACCUCCGAGGUCUUCACUUCCUGUCAGCUGACCAGGAAGAUGGUUCUGCUUCCUGUGUGUGACUCAAUACGUGCCAUUGGUCUGUUGGUGCCGUGAGAGCUUUUUUGAGGAGCAUAAUCGUCGUGACAACGCUAAAGGACUCCCGUAAAUGAAAAGCAUACAGACGCAACUGACUACACACUUCCCUGUGACCAAAGAUGGCACAAGAGCUCAUUUCAACUGUUGGGAGAAAAAAGAAAACUUAAGAAAACAUGAAAAAAUCAUGAAGAUUUCUGAACCACCUCCAACACUCGCCUUAUAGUUUUUUCUUGGACCCAUUAAUGUCAGGAUGUAAAUUGUUUUGAGGUUUUUUCCUUUUUAAAACCGAAUAUAACACAAAGGCUUUUCUGUAUAUAAAUCAAAAUGUGUAAAAUUCUAAAAGGAUGAGAAUGCACUGACAAGCGAGAACUUAACAAGUGCUUUCAAAAUUUAUCAAAAUGGUUCCACUUUUAAAGGAGAUUUGAGUGUAACUUCACAUGCUCUUGUAUAAUUAAUUAAUAUAGCAGGUAUAAUAUUUGUAUAUGAAAAAGCUGGUUUCGAUUUUAACAGAGGAAAUUUCCAGAAAAAUCUUCUGAAGGUUUCAAGUUUCAUGAGUCCCAAAAAGGGGAUUUAUCUAAUCCAGCUAAAGCAGCCUUUGAGAGUACUCAUAUUUUCAUGCAUGCAGUUCACAUUAUUUUAAGUACAAUUUUUACAAGUUUGCAAACACUGUAUUAAAACGAGAAAUAAAACCCUUUAUCUGUGUACACAUGUAGCCCUAACAUUUGUCAUCAAUUUUAUAUUUGGAAAAAAACUAAAAAAACAUAAAAGCAUUUUGUGUGUUGAUGAGGAUCAGGAUAAAGAAAAUGGCUCCAGCUUCAUGAGGGUUCUGUGUAUUGUUUGUCUAUGUAAAAACUGAAGGACAGCUUCUGCUACGAGAGAGAAGUAAUCUGAAUGUAUACGCUAGUAGACUGGCUUGCUGUAAAAUUAUAACUGUAUCGUGUGUAAUGGCUAUAAGGUGUAGAGGUCUCUGUAAGCUGUAAGACUGUUUGUAAUCAUUUUAGCAGUGUGUCACUUGGUUUUCUAAAGGCUGCUGUGGUUUUAAAGAAAAACAAAGGCAUUUUAUUUGGGGUUUUGGUGAAGUAUUUCCUUAAGUUUAAUCUUAUUCACAUAAGGACACAUAAAGACAUUCUUUGAUUGUAGCUCUUAACAGCAUAUGUAUGGCAAAAACACUGGAUGAUCAAAACGAUAAUUUAAGCAUAAAAUAAAUUGUGUUUAACUCUGAAACUGUGUGAAUCUUUUUAGGCUUGAGAAUCUGUGUAUGCAGUGUCUAAUUAGCAUUGUUUUGAUAAAUCAUUGGCAAUUUAUUUGCAUUACAGUAGAUCUCUUUGUAUUGGUUUGAUUAGAGGCCCAUGUAGAUUAAGUGUUGUUAUUCUGGCGUGAAGGCUCAGACUUAGUGUGCUGAUGAUGUUUAUGCUGUGGACAUGAACUUCCUUUCUUUUUUGUCAAGUGAAGUCAUUUAGGGUGUUGUAUUACAUCCCCAAUUCUAAAUGUCAAUCAGGGGAUAAAGGGUCCUUUGAUAGGGUUGAACUAUCAACUUUGUCGAUUUUGUUUGAUGUGUUUUCACCUGAGCAGAUUUUUUCGAUGUACAAUUCUUACUAACAGAGUGAAGCCAUUGAAAUGUAACUAUUCUAGCACUUUGGUUAUUCAAGGUAUUCUUCUAGAGGCUAUAGCAGCAAUGACGACACCACAAUGUUUCAGACGUCUUAAAAAAAUCUAUUGGAAAAAAACGGAAUAAAAAUGUAUUGAUUUUGCAA